GUUAUUCAAGGUGUUAUUCAUAGCCCAAACCGGAUGGGACAGCCGGAUUAUAUUCGCUAUGUUUGCACUGGGAUACGCAAAUGUUAGCUAGUCAUGCUAAUAACAAUAACAAGCCUAUGGUAGCUUUAUCGCAAUAGUGUAAUAUUGUGUGCCUUUAAGAGAUAUGGCGGAUUCAAGCGGUCUGACUGACGUCACAGUGAAGACUCUGGACUCACAGAGCAGGAGCUAUAAAGUCAGGGGAGAGUUGACAGUGAAGCAGUUCAAAGAACACAUAGCUCCAUCAGUGGAGAUCCCAGUCGACAAGCAGAGGCUCAUCUACCAGGGUAAAGUGCUCCAAGAUGACAGAACGCUGACAAUGUACAAUGUGGAUGGAAAGGUUAUUCAUCUGGUGGAACGAGCGCCACCCGAAAGCCCCAUCUCUGGCUUAGGGGGUGCGGGCGUAUCCAAUGGCGUGGCAGAGACCAGCAGCAGCCAUGUUUCCACUUCCUCCCAGGGCGAACCGCAUGACCGUAACAACUACGUAAUGCUCGGGACGUUUAACCUGCCUUUCAAUGUCACGGAACCGCAGCAGAUACAGAUGUCUGUACAGCAAAUGCUGGCUGGAGUCAGUGAGCCAGGAAGGACCACCAGGGUCAGCACUCAAGCAGCGAACGUGCAGAGUCACUUGGGCCAGGCAGUGCAGAGUGAGGCUCGGAUGAGGCUCCAGCUCGCUCAGAUCUUGCUGCGGAACGCUGACACUCUGAUCCACAGACUGGAGGGGGUGUCCAGUGGCAGCAGUUUCCAGACAGAGUCAGAAGUACAAACCUCCUCUUCAUCCUUGUCUGUAUCGCCCUCCUCUGCCGUAGUUGCUCAAGCAGUACAGCCAACGGAUGCCAACAUUCCUCCUCCUGCUGCGGCCUCAUCUUCCACCUCCACACAGACUGAACAAGCACACAACACACAACCUAAUAAUCAUCCAAGUCCAGCUGAGUUGCUGGAGAUUCUCUCAGAGGUCAAGAGGGUGGAAGAAAGGUUACGUCCAUUCAUCCAGAGGACCCACUCCAUCCUUGGGGCAGCAUCCUCGGCAGACUACAACAACAACAUGCAGGAACGAGAAACGAAUCAGCGUGUGCUCAAUAUGGCAGGGGAUGCGGUACGUCUUCUUGGCAAUACCUUGAUUGUCCUUGGUGACCUACGUUGCAACCUGGCAACACCGCCUCCUCGCCAGCUCUAUGUAGCCCGGCCCAUGGCCCAGUAUACCCAACCUGUCUUGGUCCAGUCCAGUCUGCCACACAUUCCCAUUUCACUCAACAUAGGCACCACAGCAACUACGCAAUCAAAUGAAGUACUCGCAUCCGAAGGUCAACGUCAGCCACCUCAUACCAACGAUCUUUUAGAUCAGCAGACUUUUGGUCGGGCUCGGCCUCUUCACUCCAGUGGGACAAUUCAUUCAGUUCAAGGACAAGAAGGGCCCCGAGUAAUCAGAAUCACCCACCAGACCUUGGAGCCUGCAGUCAUGAUGCAGAUGAACAUUGAUGGUGAUCCUGGUUCAGUCCAGCCAGGUUUACCCCCAGACUUCACGCGAGCUAUUGUUCAGCAAAUCUCCCGUCAAGCAGCCGCCAUUGCCGCAACAGCUUCAACAGACCACCCAGUGAACCUGGCAGCAUCCAGUGCUGGUACCACUGACCGCAAUGAAAGAAUGCCUUCUACACAUCCCCCACAUCCUACUCAGGCCAGGGUUGUCUUCACCAGACCAUCAUUCCCUCAGCCUAUUGGAACCACAGCAGCCACUUUCAACCUGAGGGCCACAGUGCCCACAACCGGCCAACAGGCAAGACAGGACCAAGUUCUGACUUCUUCCCUCACCCAAAUGAUCAGCAGUCUGGUGGGGCAGCUUCUGAGGCCUGGGCACACAGGUGAUACCACGUCCAGCUCUCAAUCAUCCUUCUCUUCAUCUGAGUCCUCCUCAUCUCCUGUUAAUACCUCUGCCGACACACCUGCACACAACACCACCUUGGGAUCUGUGGGUCAGCCAGCAGGAAAUGCUUUAGAGGGAACCCUGGUCCAUCUCCUAGGCUCUCUGCCAGCGGGAGUUGCAGGGACAGGAAGUUCUGGCUCUGGAGCAGCAGCCUCCAUCACUGUGACUCUACCUGGAGUGCCUGGUUUCAUUCACAGCAUGUCAGACAUCACUUCAUCACCUCCGAGCCGUCCUGUUGAACCGAAUGUUCCUCAGUCCCAAAGUCCCUCCCUGCCUCAGCCAGGCAGUGGCAUUGGUGGAGACUCUUUGAGCCCUGAUUUAUUCACUGGAAUUGCACAAGGAGUGCUGUCCACCUUUAUGAACUCUCUUGGCGCAGAGCGAGGUGAUGAAGAAAGUAUUGCCCAAUUUUUUCAGAGGCUGUCUCAGACCACCAACCUGUUUACCAUUGGAUCUGGAGUUGCUGGCGGUUUCUUUUGCGACCUGUUGUCUCUGUUGUGUCAAAAUUUUGCAAUGGUGGACAUAGUGCUGUUGCUUAAUGGGACUGCUCAGCCUAUUACCCGAAUUCAGCCCCAGUUGACUGACUUCUUCACUGAGCACUACCUGCAGGGCCAAGAACCCACUGACCCUAACAUAGCUAGAGCAGCUGAGAACCUCAUCAGCGGUCUGGAGGAGCAUAUAAGGGAGAGUUUUGACACAGUGAGGGUCCGUGAUGGAGUGGACAUUGUUCAAACCAACCUUGUGUUCCUCAGACAGCAGUUAGUACAGAUGGCUUCACAUGUUCUGUGCUGCAAUGAUCACACCUUUGGCCCUCGAAUUCUGUUGCUGUGCACACAGGGUCUUUUUGAAUGUCUUGCCCUCAACUUCUACUGUCUUCAAGGAGAUCAGAGAGCUCUGACUGCUGUCAUGUCCCACCUCAUUAGGAGAAUGUCCACAGAUGUCCAUCCCAUUCUGGUCACCUUGUUGACCAGAAUGAUGUCUCUGAGGCUGAAUGUCAUUUUGGAGCACAACCCAGUUACCGAGGAUCAGAUCCAACACCAUGUCAUAUUUACACGGGCUGACUUGAACCAGAGAACAGAGGCUGGCAUUGGACGACAGCUAACACAAAGUCAAAAUGUGGUGUUAGAGGAGAGUUUAUCUGCUGCAGCUACCACAGCAGAGGGGGUCUUGGCAUCGUCUGGUGACAGCGGAGAGGCUACACAUUCCCCAACAGGACGGGCUGAGCUGGCCCCUGGGGGGCAACCAUGGGAAGCAUCUCUUCCACCUGAGUGGGUUCCUAUUAUCAGGCACGACACGUUGUCUCAGAGGAAGAUUAAUGCUCAGCCUGCGUUGUCUGAUGCCUACCUCCACGGCAUGCCCGCAAAGAGGAGGAAGAUGACAGAGCGUGAAGGACCCCACCUCUCCUUGUCAGAUGCAGUGUGUCGAGCAGCUGGCUCUGUUGGAGCUUUGCCGGUCACUGCCACAAACAGCCUGCAGGGGGAGCUGCAGAGGCCAGAGCUACAGGAAGCAUAUGCAACACAGGUGAAGAACGACAUCAAAGUGCGAGUGCAGGAAGAUCCAGACUACAGCGCUCAGAGAUUUCCCAAUACACAUCAAGCUUUCUCCUCAGAUGACUCUGAAAAUGCAGACUGCAAUCAUGGAGCUUGAAUCCGAGGUCAAAGGUGAAAUGACCGUAACAGCAGCAUUUAGAACGCUCAUACCCAUUAUUUCCGACAACUGUGGACCAAUAAUUUCCACAGAGCUCGUCAAGUGUUGUGCGAAAACAUUAUUUUUGAAUAAACAGCAGAAAACAAACAUUUUUAUGAGUAGGAUAAUUUGAGUUAAAACAUUUUUUAUGUGUACGGUCGUCAAUGAAGUGUCUAAGCCCCCUUUCCUGCUGUUUUUCAUAACAAUCACAAUAAAAGCAAGAUCGCUGCAGUAAAAAUAAAGGAAUAAGUAAGCAAGUAAAAAUAUAAGGUAAUAUUCUACAAGACAUUUCAAAAAUAAGUAGUUUUGUAUUUGAUAUUGAAAUGUUUUCUAGGGGGGCAGCAUGGUGUCAUAGGGGUUAGUGCGUGUACCUCACAAUACGAAGGUCCUGAGUUCAAUCCCGGGCUCGGGAUCUUUCUGUGUGGAGUUUGCAUGUUCUCCCCGUGACUGCGUGGGUUCCCUCCGGGUACUCCGGGUUCCUCCCACCUCCAAAGACAUGCACCUGGGGAUAGGUUGAUUGGCAACACUAUAUUGGCCCUAGUGUGUGAAUGUUGUCUGUCUAUCUGUGUUGGCCCUGCGAUGAGGGGGCGCCUUCCGCCCGAUUGCAGCUGAGAUAGGCUCCAGCACCCCCCGCGACCCCGAAAGGGACAAGCGGUAGAAAAUGGAUGGAUGUUUUCUAGGGUUGUCUUAGUUUCGUCGACUAUACAAUGAUUCAAUUCGGAAUAGUCUGAUUCGACUAUCAACAUGGCAGUAGAAUUUUCGUUUAUUAAAGGCCUACUGAAACCCACUACUACCGACCACGCAGUCUGAUAGUUUAUAUAUCAAUGAUGAAAUAUUAACAUUGCAACACAUGCCAAUACGGCCGGGUUAACUUAUAAAAUGCAAUUUUAAAUUUCCUGCUAAACUUCCGGUUGAAAACGUCUAUGUAUGAUGACGUAUACGCGUGAUGUCAAUCGUUGAAACGGAAGUAUCCGGACACCAUUGCAUCCAAUACAAAAAGCUCGGUUUUCAUCGCAAAAUUCCACAGUAUUCUGGACAUCUGUGUUGGUGAAUCUUUUGCAAUUUGUUUAAUGAUCAAUGAAGACUGCAAAGAAGAAAGCUGUAGGUUGGAUCGGUGUAUUAGCGGCUGGCUGCAGCAACACAACCAGGAGGACUUUGACUCGGAUAGCAGACGCGCUAUCCGACGCUAGCCGCCGACCGCAUCGAUGAUCGGGUGAAGUCCUUCGUCGCUCCGUCGAUCGCUGGAACGCAGGUGAGCACGGGUGUUGAUGAGCAGAUGAGGGCUGGCUGGCGUAGGUGGAGCGCUAAUGUUUUAUCAUAGCUCUGUGAGGUCCCGUUGCUAAGUUAGCUUCAAUGGCGUCAUUAGCAACAGCAUUGUUAAGCUUCGCCAGGCUGGAAAGCAUUAACCGUGUAGUUACAAAUCCAUGGUUUAAUAGUAUUGUUGAUUUUCUGUCUAUCCUUCCAGUCAGGGGUUUAUUUCUUUUGUUUCUAUCUGCAGUUAAGCCCAAUGCUAUCAUGUUAGCUCUGUAGCUAAAGUGCUUCGCCGUUGUAUUGUCGUGGAGAUAAAACUCACUGUGAAUGUCCAUUUCGCGUUCUCGACUCUCAUUUUCAAGAGGAUAUAGUAUCCGAGGUGGUUUAAAAUACAAAUACGUGAUCCACAAUAGAAAAAGGAGAGAGUGUUGAAUCCAAUGAGCCAGCUUGUACCUAAGUUACGGUCAGAGCGAAAAAAGAUGCGUUCUGCACUGCACUCUAGUCCGUCACUCUCACGUUUCCUCAUCCACAAAUCUUUCAUCCUGGCUCAAAUUAAUGGGGUAAUCGUCGCUUUCUCGGUCCAAAUCGCUCUCGCUGCUGGUGUAAACAAUGGGGAAAUGUGAGGAGCCUUUCAACCUGUGACGUCACGCUACUUCCGGUACAGGCAAGGCUUUUUUUAUCAGCGACCAAAAGUUGCGAACUUUAUCGUCGAUGUUCUCUAUUAAAUCUUUUCAGCAAAAAUAUGGCAAUAUCGCAAAAUGAUCAAGUAUGACACAAAGAAUGGAUCUGCUAUCCCCGUUAAAAUAAAAAAAUGUCAUUUCAGUAGGCCUUUAAAGGGGACAACAUAUCUCAUGUUACAAUCUGGCAAGAGCCAUUAAAAACAACCUCAGGUUCAAAAUUACCCCACGGGCUGCACUUUGGACACUUUGUUUUUUUUAUAUCCUCUGACUCUGAAAAUAUUCCUACUUGGUGAAAACUGAACCAAUUAACAGCGAUGAAGGACGGACGACUGUAUACACAAUAUACCUCACGCUGUAAUGUAGCUUCAUUUAAGACCUAUGCUUUUUUUUUUUUAAAUUAAGUAAAACAAAACUAGUAAACUUGUUUAAUUUGUAGAAUAGUAAAACUGUCAUUACAAACUGUCUGUUUUAUUUUUUCUCCCUUCAAUAAACAUGACAAUAUAUCAGUAAACAGCUGGACAAA